AUGUUCGCUAAACAAGCCCUCGCGGCCGCCGGCCUGGUGUGCUCCUGCGCCGCCGUGCCAGCCUGGUCGCCUCCCCACGCCAACGGCAUCAAGAACUUCAUCUACAUCGUUCCGGACGGGUACGGGCAGCACUCGCAGACCAUGGCGCGUGACUACGCCAUGCUGCAAGCCCCCAACGUCAGCGCCAGCAACCCUGGCCCGCCGAGCUUCGAGCUGGGCGCCGACAAGUUCGUCGUUGGCACCGUCCGCACCUGGGCUUCGGACAACCUUAUCACCGACUCAGCUGCGUCCGGCACCGCUUUUGCCUGCGGCCACAAGUCGUACAAUGAUGCCGUGGGCGUGACUCCCGAUGGCCUGCCCGUGGGUAGCAUCCUGGAGACGGCGAAGCUGGCGGGUUUCAAGACCGGUCUCGUCGUCACCAGCACCAUCAACCACGCCACACCGGCUGUGUACGCCGCGCACGUGGCCCACCGUGACAGCUACGAGGCGAUCGCGGCGCAGGAGAUUGGCUACUCGCACCCUUUCGGCCCCAUGGUCGACAUCCUCAUGGGCGGCGGGCGCUGCUACUUCAAGCCGCAGAGCGACGACACCUCAUGCCGUAGUGAUGACCUGGACCUGUUCGGCUUCGCCGAGGAGAAGGGCUUCACCGUCAUGCAGGACCGUGCGGGUUUCGAUGCGCUGAACAUGGGUCAGGACGCUGAACUGCCGUACAUCGGCCUCUUCAACGACGACCAGAUGAUGUAUGAGAUCGAUCGCUCGCGCGAGCCGGAGAAGGAGCCCUCGCUGCUGGAGAUGGUGGAGACGGCGCUUGUGUCGCUCGACCGUGCCGUGUCGGGCAACGCGCCAUCGCGCCCCGGUCGUCCUGGCAAGCCUGGCCAUGGAAACGGCGGCAACAAUGGCAAAGGUUACUUCAUCAUGAUCGAGGCCAGCCGUAUCGAUCAUGCGGGCCACGCCAACGACGCAGCCGCCCACGUUCACGAUACGCUCAUGUACAACGAAGUCAUGGAGUUCGUGGGAAAGUGGAUCGAUGAACAUGAGGAUACGAUGAUGAUGUCUGCCGCUGACCACGAGUGCGGUGGUCUGACCACCAACGGCUUCGACCCCUCGACCCUCAGCGCGGCUUCGCACUCGUUCGAGUAUCUCCAGGACCUCUGGGACGAGAACACCGGUGACGAGCGCGCCUUCCUGGUGGACACCAUCCUCCCCGGCGCCGGCCUCAGCGACGUCGUCUCCGAUGCCGAGGUCGACGAGCUCCUCGCUAGCGGCGACGACAUGUGGGAGACCCUCACCGAACUCCAGGCCGAAACCGCCGGCGUGAACUGGAGCACGGGCGGGCACACCGCGGGCGACAUCAACCUGCACGGCUACGGCGCCGGGCCGAAAAUGCGUGAGUUCAAGGCUGACAUGGCGGGCAAUCAUGACAACACCGAGCUGCCGAGGUAUAUCGAGAAGGUUCUGGGCCUGGAUAUGGAUGCCACGACGGCGAAGCUGCGCGCUGUGCCGGCCGGCUGGGUUGCGGACGAGGAUGCGGCGAAGAAGGUCAAGAGAGGGAAUGUGAAGAGCAGGGAUGGGCAUGCGGCUGGUCACGCGCAUUCGCACUGA